AGGGCAGGAGGUCUCCAGCCACACUUUAAAUAGCCAGCACCUCCCCAGGCCCCCUAGAUAACUCCACAAGUGGACCUCUUGCAGCAACUUCACUAAGGUAGGAUGGAUAGCAGAGUCUCAGUUACAACCAGUAAUGGAGAGACGAAACCAGUGUGUCCAGUCAUGGGAAAGGUGGAGAAAGAUGGCACCCUGGAACGGGGGCAAUGGAACAACAAGAUGGAGUUUGUGCUGUCAGUAGCCGGGGAGAUUGUUGGCUUAGGCAACGUCUGGAGGUUUCCCUACCUCUGCUACAAGAAUGGGGGAGGUGCCUUCUUUAUCCCCUACCUCAUCUUCCUCUUCACCUGUGGGAUUCCCCUUUUCCUCUUGGAGACAGCCCUGGGCCAGUACACCAGUCAGGGAGGCAUCACAGCCUGGAGGAAGAUCUGCCCCAUCUUUGAGGGUAUCGGCUACGCCUCGCAGAUGAUCGUCAGUCUCCUCAACAUCUACUACAUCAUCGUGCUGGCCUGGGCCCUCUUCUACCUCUUCAGCAGCUUCGCCGCCGACCUUCCCUGGGGAAGCUGCCGCCACGAGUGGAACACGGAGAACUGCGUGGAGUUGCAGAAAUCCAAUGGCUCCUUGAACGUGACCUCUGAGAAUGCCACCUCCCCGGUCAUCGAGUUCUGGGAGAGGCGGGUCCUGAGGCUGUCAGAUGGCAUCCAGAACCUGGGGGCGCUGCGCUGGGAGCUGGUCCUGUGCCUCCUGCUUGCCUGGGUCAUCUGUUACUUCUGCAUCUGGAAGGGGGUCAAAUCCACCGGCAAGGUGGUUUACUUCACAGCUACUUUCCCUUACCUCAUGCUGGUGGUUCUCUUAAUUCGAGGGGUGACACUGCCUGGGGCAGCCCAAGGAAUUCAAUUUUACCUGUAUCCCAACAUCACACGUCUGUGGGAUCCUCAGGUGUGGAUGGAUGCGGGCACCCAGAUCUUCUUCUCCUUCGCCAUCUGCCUGGGGUGCCUCACAGCCCUGGGCAGCUACAACAAGUUCCACAACAACUGCUACAGGGACUGCGUUGCCCUCUGCUUCCUUAACAGUGGCACCAGCUUUGUGGCGGGGUUUGCCAUCUUCUCCAUCCUGGGCUUCAUGUCUCAAGAGCAGGGGGUGCCAAUAUCUGAGGUCGCAGAGUCAGGCCCAGGCCUGGCUUUCAUCGCCUACCCCCGAGCUGUGGUGAUGCUGCCCUUCUCCCCGCUGUGGGCCUGCUUCUUCUUCUUCAUGGUGGUUCUUCUGGGACUGGAUAGCCAGUUUGUGUGCGUAGAAAGCCUGGUGACUGCGCUGGUGGACAUGUAUCCUCAGAAGUUCCGCAGGAAGAACCGGAGGGAGACGCUCAUCCUUCUGGUGUCUGUCUUCUCCUUCCUUGUGGGGCUGGUCAUGCUCACAGAGGGUGGCAUGUACGUGUUCCAGCUCUUUGACUACUACGCGGCCAGUGGCAUGUGUCUCCUCUUCGUGGCCAUCUUUGAGUCCCUGUGUGUGGCUUGGGUUUAUGGAGCCAGUCGCUUCUAUGACAACAUUGAGGAUAUGAUCGGGUACCGGCCAUGGCCUCUGAUCAAAUACUGUUGGCUCUUUUUUACCCCAGCAGUGUGCAUGGCUACCUUCCUGUUCUCUCUGAUCAAGUACACUCCACUGACCUACAACAAGAAGUACACGUACCCAUGGUGGGGGGAUGCCUUGGGCUGGCUCCUGGCCCUGUCCUCCAUGGUCUGCAUUCCUGCUUGGAGCUUUUACAAGCUCUGGACCCUCAAGGGCCCACUCAGAGAGAGACUCCGCCAGCUUGUGUGCCCGGCUGAAGACCUGCCCCAGCGGAACCAAGCAGGACGUCCUGCUUCCGCGUCACCCAGGACAUCCCUUCUCAGACUCACAGAACUGGAGUCUCACUGCUAGGGGAAGGCCCUGGGAUGGUUGUUGGAACCUGGCUAUGGGAACAGCUUUGGGGGCCGUGGGCAGUAGCAUCUCUGCCCCUACACGGGACAGGACGAAGGGGAGGGGGCUAUUUUGUAAUCGACCCUCUGUGUUAGGCGUCUCCUGCCCCAAAUUCCCUGCUGCAGGGGUAGUCCGGUAUGAAACACUAGCAUCAGGAGAACCUCCCCCGUUUGCGGUGGCGAGGAAACCUGCUGAAGAAGAGGGAGGUGAGACCCUCACUGGUAGCUGGGCCCUCCUUCCUCCCAUCCUCCCGUGCCAUUAAAUCCAUCUUCCUCUCA